AUGAAAAUAAUUAACUUUAUUUUAUUUUUAUUUUUUCGGUAUUUCUAACGAAUUUUUCCAAUACAUCUCUCACACAUGUUUUCCAUAUGCACACAUAUGCCUGCGUGUGGAUAUCUACGUCUCCGCACGUGUGAAUGAAGAAAGACGCAGCAUCUUCCUUUCCUCAACCUUUACUCCUCCAAACGCUUCAAUCCUUUUCCCUUCUUUUCUCUUUCCUCCAUUCCAAAGAAAAAAAACCAGAACGAAAUGCAGUCAUUACUCCCACUCUCCAUCAUCUUCAAACUCCUAAUCUCAGCCCUACAUCAAACACCAGCCCACUCUCUCCCCCUCUGCCGCACCCAAUGCGGCACCAUCGCCAUCAACUACCCAUUCGGUCUCGACGACGGCUGCGGCGCACCAGAGUUCCGUGGCAUGCUAAAUUGCACCGUGGAUCUGCUAUUCCAGACCCCUUCAGGCCUCUACAAGGUCCGAUCCAUCGACUACGAUAAGAAGAACGUCGUGAUCUUCGACCCUGCCAUGUCAACAUGCACGAUGAUGCAGCCCCGCCACGACUUCAUGCUGUCAGAUAUCCAGUCCAUCGUAAUCCCACCGUCGUCAGAUUCCGUCUUCGCUCUUCUCAACUGCUCCAUCGACUCUCCGGUCCUCAACCGCUACCGAAAUCUUUGUUCCAACUUCUCCGGCCACUCCUGCGACGAGCUGUACAAUGCUUGCGCCUCGUUCCGGGUUCUCCGACUGCCGACGGUCGGAUACCCGCCGUGUUGUUUCACGGAAUACUCGACGCUUAAGUUCAUGAGCAUGAAUAUUCUUGAUUGUACGCAUUAUACGACUAUAUACGGUGUGGAUGAUCUGAAGGGUGUGGGGCCGUUGGAUUGGACGUAUGGGAUCGAGCUGUCGUAUGAGAGUCCGAAUACUGGGUGCGAUCACUGCGAGCGGUCGGGCGGGACGUGCGGGUUCAAUACAGAGACGAUGGGGGUGCUGUGUCUAUGCUCGAGCGGCAUGAAUGCUACGAGAGAAUGUGGUACGAUCUACGAUCCGAGUGUCAUGAAUUCUACUAAAGAAGGUGGCAACGUAAGGGGAGGAGGGAGCGGAUUAAUUCCAAUCGCUUUGUUUUGGGUCACUAUUUUGGUUGCAACCAUGUUUAUGGGACUGAUGUUAUGAGGUCUAUUGGGUUGUAACUCAACCAAUUUGCUCAGGAAGAAUUUUUCAGAAGUGUUAUUCAAUGUUUCCGUGAGGAAGAAUUUGCAGACUGAAUGGAAAGGUGACCGAUUUCAUGAAUUUAUAAUAGUACGAACAUGAUUUUUCUAUUGUAUGAUUUUUAUUCAUACAAAAUUGGUGCAGUCCCCCAAAUAGGUCGAGUGAUGAUCCGCUUGCGGCAACAGAGAUAUGAUUAACUAUGCGAGUGUUUCUGUGAAGAUUUAUAUGUAUCCAGAGAUUUGGGUGAGAUUGGUGAGCGACUUAAUGACAAUCCUGACAACCCAACAAUAGAUCUGCAACCUGAGGAUACAUUUACAUGCAUUUAUGAAGCUGGAUUGAGAUUGUGGAUGUUGCAUUUCAAGCAUUUUCUGAAGAAGAUGCGAAGCAUUUGGUUGAUGUUUUGAUUCUUCAUGGGUAAGAUGUGAAGAAAUAUUUAGAAGUUUGUUUUGAGGUUGUAAUUGUUUGGA